UGAUUUCCUAUUUUAUGCCUUCGAACCUACCAAGCAAGCAAUUGGACCUCUGCAGAAUGUCACUAUCAGAGUAUUAAGCCGUUAAUUAUUGCCGGGAAUAUUUUGGUUUGUUUGUUUCAGUCCAAUAUUAUUAUUCAUCCACCACACAAUAUUUUGACGGAUGUGAAAUAUAUACUGGAUUUUGUUAGAUCAACUUGUUAUGGAGUUUCCUUGAACAGUACGUUUUUAAAUGCAGUGAUUUUGCGAGCACCAAGCCAGGGUGUGAAGGUCCCCAUGACAAAUAUACUCUGCAUGGAAGGUUUUCCAUUGAAGAACCGGAAAGGCCACCGCCCCGACAUGAUUUUUGUCUUUUGGACGCUUACGUCACUUCCCCAUCUUCUCUCAGCUUUGAGUGAACUUCCCCAACCAGUCAACGUGGCAAUCACCUCCACUAAUUUCCUUCAUAUGUUAACAUGGGAACAUGGACCAGGCAGACCUGCGGAUAUUUAUUAUCAAAUCCGCAUCAGUACAGAUAUGGGAACUGCCUGGGUCCCCGUGGCUGCCUGUCAGCAUGUCCAGUACCCAUUGGUUUGUAACAUGACAGAAGCCUUCUCCGACCCAUGGCAGUCCUACAUAACCCAGGUUACAGCCAAGCUGCGAGCUCAGGCCUCUUGGCCAUUGACGCAUCCUGGAUUCAAGCCAAUCAAAGACACUCAGCUGGACUUGCCAGCGGUGGCUGUGACUCCAUGUCGAAAAAAUCUGUGUGUGGACCUUCUGCCUCAAACGCCGCAUCUAUGGGAAUUCUACAACUCACUCAGCUACGAACUCAGGAUCGAGAACAGUGACGCAGGCAGAACUCCGUUUUUUCAGGAACCCGAAUCUCUGAAGGGAACUGUUCUGAAGAACCUUGCUCCCGGGAACUACUGCAUCUCAGUUCGAUUUUCUGACAGCUUUAUCCCGAGACAGUCCAACUACAGCCAGCGUCAUUGUGUCGUUACCACAGGGAUUUCUACUUCAGACUCUGUGAUCUCAGCUUUUUUGUGCAUUAUAUCCAUUGCUGUUAUCAUCAUUGUGAUUCUUCUCAUCUAUACUGGAUUGCUAUGUCUGAGAAAGAUUCAUCUGCCACCAGUGCUGACAUCCGUCCAUCACACAAAGGAGGCCCUGAUUGUUGUGCCCCACAAAGCAUCCUUGUCUUCCCUCGUAAUUAGACCAACACUGUACUCUCCAUGUGAAGAGAAGGACCGUCAACUGUCAGAUCUUCAAGAUGGAGAAAGGACUUCAAGAAAUGAAAGUGGUUACAAAAUGCGUUUAAAUUCUAACCUACCAUCUUUGUCAUCAUCAUCUCCUUCCCUUCUAUUCUCAUAUCAGCCUGGAUCACGGUUAAACAACACUUCAAACUCCAUUUUUUUAUCUUUAGAUGUUUUUAGUCCCCUGCCUCAAACAUGGAUUUGGAAUGACAGACUUUUAAAUGCUGCAUCAAAACAUACAUCAACAACAACAGCCUCACUUUCUGAUACUCUUGUGAACUCAGACCACAGUCCAUUUUUAGACCAAGCUAGUUUCAUGGCUGAGAGGAUACAGCCAAUUGAGGUGGAAAACUGGGAGGAUGAAAAAAGAGACAACCAAGAUGUUAAUCUCAGCUCUCUAAUUUUGGGUAGGUAUGUGGAGGAAUGGGAUAAAACCAUUUCUGACCAAUCAAAUGUGGAUACAAUUGAUUUGGAAGAGCAUGACAGGAAUUCAGCGAUGCUGCCAGAAACCUGGGACACCAAAGAGGCACACACUCAAAGCACCUCCUGCUCUGAUGAUGAACAGCAACAAGAUAUACAGUUUUCAUACAUGAGGCGCUAAUUUUCUGUCAUAUAGGACAUAUUGUACUAUACACAGAGUUGCCAAAUGUUACAAAUCGACAAUACUGUAACACAGGUGUCAACACAGAAUAAGACACUAAUCAUAGGCUGUGAAUAAGCUACGCUUUUGACAUCGUUAUCAUGAAGGGAGGAGAACGAUGGAGACCAUGCUAAUUGCCAAGCUUUUGUGACAUGUUGUAAAGCACCAAAAUUAGUGAUUUCCCACCUCUUGUUGUUUUAUCCUAUUUCGUAAUACAGUAAUCCAUUUAUUGCGGUUUAACUACAUUGCAGAUUUUUUUUCCAAAUUAAAAAAACAAUUAAAAUUCUAAAUAAACUUC